UGUUCCUUUAAUUUUCAGCAGCAAAAUUAAAUAAGUGCAAACAAACAAACAUAGAUCUUGCGUACCUCUUCUCUCGUGCUCCUUCCCUCCUUUCUCCCCCCCCCUCUCUCUCUCUCUUUCACGUCUUCUGCAAAAUUUUCAACCUCGAACUUCAUAACUUAAACCUUAUUUUGCAUCAAAUUGCUGCUUCAAAGAUUGAAUUUCCUAAAAUCUGUUCAAAUCUUUUCGAUUUUUGUUGUUGAUAAUUCUCUGUCCGAGUUUAUUCUGAAUUCAUCAGCAGAAUUUUGAAUUUCUGGUUAAAAAGAAUAAAAUCCGUUUCCACCGAAUCAUUUGAAUGCUGAUAAAUUGAGAUCAAUUCUUACUUUGAUAUGUUAAUUUAACAGCGAUCAAACGAAUUUUGAAGAUUUGAAAUAAUUUCGCCGAUUUUUGGUGGAAUUUUGUUAUUAUCGCUCUUUUUUUGGUUGAUUUUUUUAUUUUUUAUUUUAUUUUUUUGGUGGAAGUAAGUGAUGUCAUCAUCAACUAAGGUGGUGUAUGAAGGAUGGAUGGUGAGAAUUGGGAGGAGAAAAAUUGGUCGAUCUUUUAUUCACAUGAGAUAUUUUGUUCUUGAGCCUCGUCUUCUUGCUUAUUACAAGAGAAAACCCCAAGAUAAUCAGGUACCUGUCAAGACGCUUGUUAUUGAUGGCAAUUGUCGAGUGGAGGACCGAGGCUUGAAGACCCAUCAUGGACAUAUGGUUUAUGUCUUGUCUGUGUACAACAAGAAGGACAAAUAUCACCGGAUUACGUGUCCUUCACUUGUCACGCUGCUACAAAAAAAAUUAUGGAAAAGCUUAACUCGAUGUGUCUUCGUGAUAAAGAUGGCAGCGUUCAACAUCCAGGAAGCUUUAAUAUGGAAAGAGAAGAUCGAGCAAGUCAUUGACCAGCACCAAGAGUCACAAGUUGGUAAUGGAAACAAGUACUUAUCUUUUGAGUAUAAGGCGGGUUCUGAUUCCAUGAGAAAUGCUUCUUCCUCGGAUCGUGAAAGUCAACUUAGUGCCCAGGAAGACGAGGAGGAUGGUUCUAACUUAUUGAGGAGAACAACAAUUGGAAAUGGACCUCCAGAGGCUAUUUUGGACUGGACUCGUGAAAUAGACUCUGAUCUAUCUCAAAGUACUAAUAAUCAAGUAUUCUCUCGGAAGCAUUGGCGUCUUCUUCAAUGUCAAAAUGGGCUUCGUAUUUUUGAAGAGCUUUCUGAAGUUGAUUACCUUCCAAGGAGUUGUAGCAGAGCGAUGAGGGCUGUUGGAGUUGUUGAAGCUACUUGUGAAGAGAUAUUUGAGCUAAUAAUGAGUAUGGACGGGACAAGGUUUGAAUGGGAUUGCUCUUUCCAGCUUGGCAGUUUGGUUGAGGAGGUGGAUGGACAUACAGCUGUAAUAUAUCAGAGACUUCAACUUGACUGGUUUUCAUCGUUUGUAUGGCCCCGUGACCUCUGCUAUGUGCGUUAUUGGCGACGUAAUGAUGAUGGAAGUUAUGUUGUACUGUUCCGCUCUAGGGUGCAUGAGAAUUGUGGUCCUCAGCCAGGAUUUGUGCGAGCCCAUCUUGAAAGCGGUGGGUUCAAUAUCUCUCCUCUAAAACCAAGAAAUGGCAGACCCAGAUCGCAGGUGCAGCACCUUAUGCAGAUUGAUCUGAAAGGAUGGGGUGUGGGCUACCUCUCAUCAUUCCAGCAGCACUGCCUCCUUCAAGUAUUAAAUAGUGUUGCAGGGUUGCGUGAAUAUUUUGCUCAAACUGAUGAAAGGGUUGCUACUCCCAGAAUUCCAGUUAUGGUCAACAUGACCUCAGCAUCCAUGUCUUUAAGAAAGAACCAAAAAUUUCAGGAUCCAUCCAUUCAUCCUAGUUCUUCUGAUGAGAAUAUUGUUCCUAAUAGAAACUCUGUCAUGAUGGAUGAAGACUCUGACGAAGACGAGGAUUUUCAAAUACCUGAGGCAGACCAAGAGGUUUACUCUUCGACAGCUGAGGAUGAAGUCAAGAAAACAGCUGUUGAAGAAACGACAGAUCAGAUUGAUCUAAGCAUGUUCUCGGGAUCUUUACGACGAGACAACAAUGAAAACGCACGCAAUUGCUGGAGAAUAUCUGAUGGAAACAACUUCAAAGUUCGUAGUAAGAGUUACAGCCAUGACAGAUCCAAGGUUCCUGCAGGGAAACAUCUAAUGGAUCUUGUUGCAGUUGAUUGGUUCAAGGAUUCAAAGCGGAUGGACCAUGUUGCUAGACGUCAAGGCUGUGCAGCACAGGUUGCUGUGGAGAAAGGAUUAUUUUCUUUAGUUAUAAAUGUUCAAGUACCUGGUUCAACCCACUAUAGUAUGGUGUUUUAUUUCGUGACAACAAAAUUAAUACCUGGGUCACUUCUGCAACGUUUCGUGGAUGGCGAUGAUGAGUUUCGCAACAGUCGGUUAAAGCUCAUUCCUUCAGUUCCCAAGGGCUCUUGGAUUGUUCGUCAGAGUGUUGGAAGCACUCCAUGUUUAUUAGGGAAAGCAGUCGACUGUAACUACAUCCGUGGGCCUCAGUACUUAGAAGUUGAUGUUGAUAUUGGCUCAUCAACAGUAGCCAAUGGAGUUUUGGGCCUUGUGAUUGGGGUGAUUACGACAUUGGUGGUUGAUAUGGCUUUUCUUGUACAGGCAAAUUCUGAAGACGAGUUGCCAGAGAGGUUGAUCGGUGCCGUCCGUGCAUCUCAUAUCGAGUUGUCUUCUGCAAUUGUGCCGGAGUUGCCAGAUUCACCCAUUGAAUGAGUAACACCUCUGGCUGAUAUCAAUGUUGAUAUAUUCAUCUGGAAGACUAGCAUUCAUUCUUUGCUUGGCUGAUUUAUACCCAUAUGUAAAACAAUACCAAGAUUGACGUCACUUGGAUUUGCUGAAGAACCAACAUCUGGGAGCAGUUGUGUAUUGUACAUUUUGGAGCGACAUUACAGCAGAUGAGCUAAACUGAUUGACCUUAUACAUUCUUAAGGUGUAAAGUCUUGCCAUUUACUCAGCGUCUCAGCCCAGUCUCCAGGAAGUUCGAGGUUGUACAAGUUUAGUCAAUCUUUAAUUUAAGAACCGUAGAUCUGUUCUAUUUUUUAUUUUUAUUUUUCUGUAUUACUCAGCUGCAUAGAAUUUAGAAUACCACAUAAGAUCUUUAGUGGAUAGCCCCUCCCUCCAUUUUAUUUUCUUCUUUGGUUGCUAUUUUUAUAGUGUAAAAUGUCAAAGUACAUAACAUAGUUCUUUUGGUUGUAAACUUUGCUAGGAUAAUUGGUAGAUCUCGAGCAACCUGAGCUUGCUCUGAGCUAAACUUUCAUAUCCAAUAUUUUUGGAUUCUCAAGAAAAAAGGCCAUAUUUCUUGUGUUUGCUAA